AGAUCAUUUUUCACGUUACUGUUUUUAUCAGAGAUUUUAUUUAUUCAUUUAUAACAAAUGUUCUCAAUAUUUAUGGGAGUCAAAGGUUUUGUUACUGAUCACUUCAUGAGAAUAGUUUUUUACUGAAACUUGGUAAAAUGGAUGAAAUAAUUCAGGUUUUUAAAACACUUUUUACCUGCUGUUUCUUGUAAUGAAAUUUCCAAAUGCAAAACAUUGGUCCACUUUGUUUCUGUGACCAACAAGUUGUAUCAAGUUGAGGAGAUUUCAGACGAGUAUUUUAACGUUUUGUAUGGUUCUAUUUCUUCCUCAUGUUGUUGUGACCCUUUAAACAUGAAAUACAAAAUAAAAACUUUACAAGAGCUCUGCCAGUUAUUUGGGUAGAGAGAGCACACACUGUUUAUUCAAAGGUAUGUGUUUUAUGUAGAGCAGGACAGGUGUGGGAAAACAUAUUGCGGGGGUUAAGGAGGUGCAAGGAGGAGAGUGAGUAAAGUGGAGUGAAAUGGGAUCUCUCCUCCCCCCUAACCACAUCUUGAUUCUCCUCUGAAGACUUUCUCAGCGUGUUGUGACCAAAGUUUAUUAUUAGCAUCUGUCUGCGCUCUCUCUUUCUCGCCCUCUCUGUCUGUCCUCCUCCUGUCUCAUUUCUGUCUUUCUGUUUUUCUCUUGCGCUUCAGCUUUCUUGUUCACUUGUGUUUGAUUUUUCUUUAUUUGAAUCUUAAGCGACUCUUCUGUCGGUUUCGUGGCCAAAUGCGUCUCACUUUGCAUCUGGUUUCUGCUGACAACUUUGGGAGCUAUAUUUUACUUUGUCUCUAAGUUUUACUGUGCCAGUUCUGCUUUAUAAUUGUACCGUCCUGUCCUUUGUGCCUUUUCUCUCCUGAUCUAGUUUUUGUGCUUUUGCUUCACCUGCUUCUCCCUUUUUCUUUACAACCUCCCUCCAUCCUUCCACUCAAGCUCUUUUCAUCUCAGAGGAGCUCUGCCCUUCUGCAUCAUGGGAAAGACAGAGCUGUGCUCUCUCUAUAAGGGAUUUCUGGACUGUAUAUGCCUCUGCCUCUCUCGGAGAAGCAGCGAGUCUGAUUGCGACAAUGAGAGGGACACUGAGAACGGCCACCUGAUCUACAGAAGCGGAGACGUCCUGGAAGACAGAUGUAGGUAUCAGUUUGGAAGUGUUGGCAGCCGUGGUAAAAUUGCUCCAGCUUUAAUUUCGCCUCAAUCCGUCCCACAGAUGAGAUAGUCAACACUUUAGAGGAGGGAGUCAAAUUGCUCUGAAGAUCAUUAAAAACCUGGAUAAAUACAGAGAAGCAGCCAAACUGGAAAUCAAUGUCCUUGAGAAGAUCAGCGAGAGAGAUCCAGAAAACAAACAUCACUGUGUGCGGAUGCUGGACUGGUUUGACUGCUACGGCCAUGUGUGCAUCUCUUUUGAGCUGCUGUCUCUCAGCACCUUUGACUUCUUGAAGGCAAACAACUUCCUGCCUUAUCCCAUUAACCAGAUCCGACACAUGGCCCACCAGAUCUGCCACGCUGUCAGCUUUCUCCAUGACAACAAGCUGACUCACACCGACCUGAAGCCAGAGAACAUCCUCUUUGUGAUCUCUGACUACACCUUCAUAUACAACGCAGAGAAGAAGUGUAAUGAGCGGAGAAUAAAAGACACCACAGUGCGGCUUGUCGAUUUUGGCAGCGCCACCUUCGACCACGAGCACCACUCCACCGUCAUCUCUACACGUCACUACCGAGCUCCAGAGGUCAUUCUGGAGUUGGGUUGGAGUCACCCAUGUGAUGUGUGGAGUAUCGGCUGCAUCCUGUUUGAAUAUUACGCAGGCUUCACACUGUACCAGACUCAUGACAACAAGGAGCAUCUUGCUAUGAUGGAGAGCAUACAGGGACCACUUCCUCAGAGUAUGAUACAGAAAACUAGAAAGCAGAAGUAUUUUCACCGUGGGCGUCUCGACUGGAAUGAGUGCUCCAAGGCUGGACGCUAUGUGAAAGCCAAGUGCAAACCAUUAAGGAAGUACUUAUCCUCACACGGGACAGAACACCACCAGCUUUUCUACCUCUUGGAAAGGAUGAUGGAGUACGAGCCCUCGACACGCAUCUCUCUGUCCUCCGCCCUGUCUCACCCCUUCUUCCUGCCUCUCCUUCAUCCAGGAAGGAGUCACUUCUGGAGGAACAGCUGUGAGAUGAGCAGAUGACCCUGAACAGACACUAGACCCUGAGGACCAUACCAGUGUGCAUGCAGGUUUUUGUUUUUCAACCAUCAAUCAUGUUGACUUUAUAUUUCAUUUGAAUCAGCACACGUUGGUAGUGGUAGUAAGUAUAAAGUCUUACUUAAAUGUAGCCAUUUAUUUAAACCAUUCAGGUAAAUAAACGUUAGUAAUUACAGCCCGACUCUUCUGCAAACUUAACAGGGGUUCUCUCGUUCUCUUCAUGUGCAAUAAGUCUUUACUCGCUGCUACCAACAUAAGCACUCAGAAUUAGCAGAUGAUGCUCGAUGCAGUUGCAAAAAUACAAACAGGAGUAUGACCUCAAAUGCUAUUUUCAUUUAAAAAAAUCCUGUUCCAUUUAGCCUGUCUUUUUGGUCUCUACCCAGUCCGAAGGGAAAUAUAGGACUCCGUAGUUAGUAAAUUAUCCAUUAGUUCAUAUUUGUCUGCCGUUUAGGCGCAGUUAGCUACUGUAAAAGCGUCGCUAAUGGAAGCAGUCAAAGAAAUACCACAGGUUAAACAUUGAGAAACGCAAGGGGUUUUGCAACCCAAAAAAUGCUAACCAGUUUUUAAUACUGGCUAAAUGGUUUUAGAUUUUCUUAAAGAAGUGAUUUAUUUAUUUGUGUCAAUGUUAUAUUGUUGCGUUUAAUGCAGUUCAGUGCAAAUUCAUCAUUCAUUGCGACAAAAACAUGUGAAUUGCAUAACUUGAUUUUUAGUGAAAAAUGUAAACAGUCUGCUGAUAUAUUUUUGUAUGAAACAGAAUUGAACACAGGAAGCAGGUUCACACACAUUAUACAUGAUACAACAACGUAAGAAAUUAUAAGUAUAUUUUUAGUUUGUCAAAUUCUGACGAUUCUCUUUUGUAAUAAAAUGUGUAUCAAAUGA